GGGCCUUCGGAUCGGUCUGACUGGUGAGUGGUCUGAGUGCAGUGGGGCUCUCUCUACUGGCGUCUCUCUUCUUUCCCUCGUUAUUUUUCAUUCAGUUAUGUUUUGGAGCCGAGUUGAAGCUGAAAGGAGUGAUGAUACGCUCGGCAGUAUCUCCAACAACUUUCUAGAGACACUGGAAAUUCGCAGAAACAUUUAACCUGCCAUCAUUGGAGUUUUUACUGUCUGUCUCCAAAAGGGCGCAUCCACUGCAGUUCAUUCGGACUGGACAGUUUGUUCUACUGAGAUUCUCAUGAUUUGUUGCUGCAAAAAUGAGGAUCACACGCAAGUGUCUGGGCAACAUCACCAAGAUGUUAGAUUUCUACUCGCAGUUCAACCCCUCUCCAUUGUCCAUCAAACAGUUCAUCGAUUUUGGAAUGAGCGCCUGCGAGAGAAAAUCCUUCAUUUUCUUACGAAAGGAACUCCCUGUGAGACUUGCCAACAUCAUGAAGGAGAUUCAUCUUCUGCCGGAUCAUCUGUUGAGAAUGCCCAGUGUCGGGGUAGUUAACAAUUUAUACGUCACUUCUUUCGAGGAGAUCAUUCACUUUGAGAAGUCGGAGAUCAACGAGAGCACCUUGGACAAAUUUUGUCAAGCUCUCGUUAAAAUUCGCAAUCGUCACAGUGACGUGGUGGAAGUGAUGGCCAAGGGCAUUCUCGAGCUUAAAGAGUCCCACGACGUCGAUGGACAGAUGGAGAACAGUAUACAGUAUUUCCUAGAUCGAUUUUUCAUGUCCAGAGUGUCGAUCAGAAUGCUCAUCAACCAGCACACAAUACUCUUCGGAGGAGCACUCAAUGGCAACGAGAGACACGUGGGCUGCAUCGAUCCUUGGUGUGACGUCAUAGGUGUCGUUAAAGAUGCUUACGAGAAUGCGCGAUUUCUGUGUGAUCAAUAUUAUCUGGCCAGUCCUGAAUUAAUUGUUAAACAGCAUAAUGAGCUCGAUCGCGGAAACGAGAUAAGGAUAGUUUACGUUCCCAGUCACCUUUAUCACAUGCUCUUCGAACUCUUUAAAAACAGCAUGAGAGCAGUGAUGGAACAUCAUGGUUCAGAUGCGGAUUAUCCACCCGUGGAAGUAACUCUGGUCAGGGGCAAGGAGGAUAUUUGUCUGAAGAUGUCAGAUCAAGGGGGAGGCAUUCCACGUUCUCAGAUGGAUCACCUGUUUAAAUACAUGUAUAGCACUGCCCCGCAACCCAGCAAAUCUGAUGCACACACUGUGCCCCUGGCUGGUUAUGGUUAUGGGCUUCCAUUAUCAAGAUUGUACGCAAGGUAUUUCCAUGGAGACCUCGUUGUUCUGAGUUGCGAGGGCUAUGGCACGGAUGCUGUGAUUUAUCUCAAGGCGCUUUCGAAUGAAGCUAACGAGCUAUUACCGAUAUUCAACAAGACUUCAACCAAGUUCUACCGAACUCCCCUGCCGACUGCUGACUGGAGUAGCUCCUGUGGCACCGGAAUGGCCACCAGGCAGCUCAGCAUGAGCCCCAAAAACGUGAAAACCCUCGCCAGACCCUGCUAGCACAACCCAGACAGCUCGGAACAACAUUGAUUCAUUCACAUUGCAAUCAUAUUCUAUUUAUCUUGCUUUUCUUUUCCACUGUCCAGUUCAAGCAAGUCGAAUUUUCUUUUAAUUCUCUGAGGAAAUCACUGACGAUUCGUAUCACUGAUCUUACGAUAUUUUUCUUUACAGCUCUGCGCUUUUUAAAACGAGUGUUUUCAUUCAAGAAUUUUUAAUUUGACGUGACCAUCGAGCAAUUUCUUGAGAUAAUGUGUACUUUUACGGCGGAAUUGAUUGAAAAAAAAUAAUUUUCGUGAAAUCUCAGAUCUGAGAAAAUUACAAAAAUUCAAAACUGUGAUUAUUUAUCAUAUUAGAGGAGAUGACCGAGUUUCAAAAGCCGUGAACUAUUAAAAUAAGAUUUCCCAAUUGAUAACAAUUAGUCGGAAAAUAUUUGUUUAUGUUUCAUUUCACAACGGAAUAAAUUCGUGGAAAAAUAGACUGAAUACCUGGCUAAUUCCCCUUUUUUCUUUUAUAUUUAUAUUAUUUGUUCGAUUCGGCCAGAAAAGUAGCUCUGUAAAUACUUACAGUAUAUAAAUGAUAGAUAUAAUUAUUAGAGAUUCAUUUGUCCGGCUAUUUUGCAUGAAUAGUGAAAUUUUCUGUUAAAAAAAAACAAUGAAAAUAGCUGUAGUACAGUCGAAUUCCGAAAAACUGACACCUAACUAUUAUUUGAUGCAUCUCAAGUAAAGAAAAAAAGUUUGCAGACCAAAAAUUGAAGGCCUUGGGCUGUUGUUUUCCACGAAAUUUUUAUAAUAAUUAUUUAUUUUUAACCAUAUAUAUAUGAUCGAUAUUGAGGAUUUGAGAAAUCUCGCUCUAGUACUUCGAAAUUGUGAAAACUCAUUACAUUUUCCCUCUAAAUCAGCCGAACUGAUUUAAAUGAGGUGAGUCAUUAUUUAUGGCAUAUUGGGAGAAGGACAAAGGACACGUGUGCGAGUGAUUCACUGCACCAAGUACUCGAUGAUUCAAUUGUCAUGUCUUUGUCAUUUAUACAUCAAACUAUGGUGAAAAGGUAAUAAUAGAGGAAAGAGAAUAAUUGUCGUUUUUUAGCUUUAAUAUUGAAGAUGAAAAUUGCAUAAUAUCGAAAUAAAUAUCAGAAUUAAAUUGUACUGAAUUUACGAAAAGAUUGUGAUUAUGAAAAUGAAUGCAUGAGGAUAUUUGUUUUUAUCAAGUGGUGACACAUGAGUGAUACAAUCGUAUUGAUCAAUAUAAAUAAAAAUAUCAAUUUAAAA